CCUUAAGAAAAGCAUCCUCAAGCGUGCAGGGGUAAAACCAAUUACUGUACUUCUUAACCUACUGUAUGUAUGUAUUAGGAAGAAAAUUGCACGACAGGAACUGUUCUACGAUUAUCGAUAAGAAACAAUUACUUUUUAAACUAAUAAUUGUAGAGUUGCAAAAGUACACGAUGGAUAAUUAUGAUAGUUGAUAUAAAUGUGAUAUACAGAAUGUUACACCUAACCUAAACUAAUGCAAUCUAAAAUUGCGAGAGAGUUCUACUAACAGGUUUUUUUAAAUAAUUCGGAAUUAUAUAAUGAUUAUAUUCGUAUAUACAUGUAUAUUCGUUAGAAUAUAUUGCAUUUUUGUUUAAAUAUUGGCAAUAAUUUUGCGUAAAACCAUGUCCACUCUUACAUUUAACAAGCUAAAAAAACGAACAUUAGUAACAAAAGCGGAGAAGCCUAAAAAGAAAAUUGAUCGAUUCGAUGGAUUAUCGGAAGAAGAAGUACAAAAAUAUACUUUGCCAGAUUAUCUCGAAAUGAAUUUGGACAUGAUUUUCAUUGGAAUUAAUCCAAGUUUAAUGGCCGCUCAUCGUGGUAGGUAUUAUGCAGGUCCUGGUAAUCAUUUUUACAAGCUUUUGCACGAGGCAGGACUUACACCCCAAUGUCUAAAAUACGAAGAAGAUUAUAAAUUAACGCAAUACGGAAUCGGUCUAACAAACAUUGUCGCUCGGGCUACAAGAUCGUCCUCUGAUCUCAAACGAGCAGAAAUCAAAGAAGGUUGUGAAAUAGUAAAGGAAAAACUGAAGACUUAUAAACCAAAGAUUGCUGUUUUUAAUGGCAAAUGCAUUUACGAUGUGUUUGCCAAUAAAACCGAUAAUUUCCAUUUUGGAUUACAACCUGAACGCGUCGAAGACGUCGCACUUUGGUUUUUGAAAGGACAGAUACAAAAUAUCGAUACGAGCGAAUUUUUGUUUGAAGGAAAAUGUAAACAAUUUAUACCAAGAACUUCGAAGAUGUGGAGGCGGAAGAACAUGUCCGCGUUUUUACAUGGAGGACGAAUUGCUAAUAAAGAUACAGUGUGUCUCGAUACAUCCGAUGAAAAUGUCGCUACAGCAUGCAGUACAGAAUUUAUAGUAAAACGUAUACAGGCUAAUGAAAGUAAUGGAAUUAAAGAAACGCUUCAUACGGAUAAAAUUGAUUCUUUGCCAAAUUCGAAAGCAACUGUUGCACAAAGUCCGGUUAAAACAUUUUUCGAACACGAUGCAUCGUUUCAGAAAAAACAAUCAACGCAAAAACAACGCACCGAAAAAAUCAUAAAAAGUGACAAUAUGAAAAAACGAAACCGCAAUAAACUUGCACAAAAAUCAAUUAAAGUACAAAAUUGUAUUAGAAACAAUCAUAAUGAAUCAGAUUUUAUAAGUUUGAUAAAACAAAGACUAGAAAGAAAGGAGCAUAAUCAUGUUGUCCAAAAAACUAAUCCUGAAAAACUAGUCGAAGUAACAGUUCCGAUUAAAAAUCAAAAUUAGUUAACUAAACUGAGGUAAACAUACGUACAUAUAUGCGGGUGCAUGUAUAUGCAAUACGAGGUAAAGAGACAUGUAAAUGAAUGUAUAAAUUUCAAGUAUUUAAAAUAAAAAUUAAAGAUUGUGCAUCUGUUCAGAAGAGAAUAUAAAUAAAUCGGAAACACGACUAUGCAAAGAUACAGAACCAACGCCGUAUUUCCAAACCAUUUCAACAAAAGGGUAUUUAUUAUAAUUUAUGUAUAAUCAUUUCACCCUCAACCUUACUGUACCGUUUAAAAAUUAUAAAAAUAUAAAAGUUUCGAACAUUAAAAGGCAACAAUUAUACAUCUCAAUAUAACAACAAUUGUAUAUCAACUAUCGACGAAUAUUAGCGAUUUUACAAUUUUGAUUUCGCGGCUUCCAUAAGAGUCUUUAACUUCUGAGUGAGCAUGAUAUUUCCAGUAAUCUUUAGUUUUCUUCGCAUGAAUGCCGUCUGAGGGUUUAAUUUGCCCAAAGCCUGAAAAUAAAACAAUCCGUUGGGUUAAUGUCUCGUAAAACAGUACUUAAGAAACAUGCAUUAAUCUCAAAAGUAAUUUACCAUUUGAAUCAUGUCCGCGUCUUCGAUCGUCAACGUUGCAUCGGCUUUCCCUGAUUUAGGCUCUCCUUUGUACAUUUCAGCUUUUUUCAAGUCCAAAGCUUUAAAAUUAAUAACAUUAACAAUCACAAUGUAUAAUAAGAAAAGAAAACGUAUGAUAUAAGAUGUAUGUAGUAAAAUGUAACAGUUUUCAGUUACAACAAUACUUACUCCAUGUUGCUUGUAGAGUUCCUUUCGAUAGAAUAUGAUAAACAAAGACAGCAUUGACUUUUUUUACUUCUUCCGGAUUCGCUUUCACGUAUUCACCUAUAGUCACGAAUACCGCAUCGCUUUCAAGAUUUUCAGUGCCUGAGCAGGGAUUUGGUUGAAGUUGAUUAACUUUUACCUCUUUCAAAUCGAUGUAGGCACCUAUACGUACAGAAAAUAAAAAUCUAAAAAACCAUAACUAUAUUUGCAAAAGUUUGCAACAAAUUACAGUUUCAAAUAUUUGGGUUUUCCGUUAUAAUUGAUAUGUUUACCUGUCAGGACUGGUACAUUAGUUUCUGUGACAUACGUUUGGAAAUGUAUUCUAUUUCCAUUUUGCCACAUAUCGGUACGCAGAGUCUGACCUGGAAGAACAGGUUUCGCGAAACGGACCUAUAAGAAAUUCAUUUAUUAAGUAAUUUAAAUUACACGAGCCUUCUCAUUUAUUCAGCGAUAUUGUAAUCGUGAUGUUUUAACAUUUACUGUACCUUGAUAGCUUUGAAUGCACUUGGAUCGCCGCCGGCAUAAGUUUUCAGGACGUGACGGACAGAAAAUCCAAAGGAACAUAAACCGUGCAAAAUUGGUCUUUUAUGACCACCAAUUACUGCCAUGUUUGCGUCAAUGUGUAGAGGAUUUGUAUCGCCACUCAAUCUAUAUAAUGCUGCCUAAACGUGGUAACAUUAAAAUUUAAUAUACAAAUUAAAAACAAACACAUUCCUGUCUUCAGAUAUUAAAUAUUUUUUUACUACCUGAUCGUAACUAGUUUGUUGCGUAACGGAUGCAUCUGGUUUUCUAUUAGGGGGAUCAAUAGUUGGCACAAUGUUGGAAGAUGUUCGGUUUCCUUGAAAUCCACCACCUCCUACUGCAAAAAUUGACAUCUGUCCUGUAGAUAAUUUAUCUCCGCUGACGGAGUCGAAUGUUUCAUCUGCAACAAGUUAAAAUAAUUAAAAUUCAUCUAUGUAUGUAAUGAGAAAUAAAAUGAAACAAUGGUGUUUACA